CUCUAGCUAGGCUAGCUUUGCCCUUCCUCUUCUCUUCUCUGCAAGGUCUCCAUCAGUUGCUGGUGGCCUGAAAACCCUCUCUCUCUCUCUCUCUCUCUCUCUCUCUCUCUCUCUCUCUCUAUUUCUUUGUUGGGCUAUUCUUAAGAGCCUCCUUCCCUCUCCCGCCAUUUUAUUUAUUCAGCAAAGCUUUUGCAGCAAUCAAGCAAUCUGUAGAAGAUAAGGAGAGAGAAAGAAAGAAAGAUAGAGAGUCGAAUCGAUGAUCCUCGUCUGAGUUGAGAGCGAGUGAUGGAUGGAUUGUUAUUAGGGCAUAGCCAUUAGCCAUUAUAUCAAUAUAUAUUCUUGUAUAUAUAAAUCUCUCCUUCUCCCUCCAGUUUUUCCCGUUCUUCCUCAGACCUUUCCAUUUCCUCCAACCCCUUUUCUCCUCUCGUCUCUCUCCUUUCCCAUUUGGUAGCCUCCUCGGGAUCUGAUCUCUCUCUCGACAGGAAAAGAACACACUUCUUUCUUUUCGUUCAGUCUGUGUCGUCGAUGAGUUCAAUUCCCGAGGAGAAAAAAAACCUUUCCAUUCUCUCUCUCUGCCCCCACCUUGUCCUUUGUCUGUUUGUCUCUGCUUCGGCCUUGGAAAAGGGUUGCCGUAGAGUGACCAAGGAACACCCGGCAGCAACCUCAGACGAACCUCCAGAGACCUGAGCUGAUCGGAUCUGUACGUGAAGGCAAGACCCAGUUGGCAGCUUGGGUUCCUCUACACACCAUCGAUAUCGUACCAUACCUGCGCCUUCAUUAAUUGUGACAUUGGGAGAUAAUGAAUUCAUUUUCACAUGUUCCUCCGGGCUUCCGGUUUCAUCCCACAGAUGAAGAACUCGUCGAUUAUUACCUGAGGAAAAAAGUUGCCUCCAAGCGGAUCGACUUGGAUGUUAUCAGAGAUGUUGAUCUUUAUAAAAUUGAGCCAUGGGAUCUGCAAGAGUUGUGCAAAAUAGGGACUGAAGAGCAAAAUGACUGGUACUUCUUCAGCCACAAGGAUAAGAAAUAUCCGACCGGAACUCGCACUAAUAGAGCCACAAAAGCUGGAUUUUGGAAGGCCACCGGAAGAGAUAAGGCUAUUUACUCCAAGCAGAGUCUUAUUGGCAUGAGAAAAACCUUGGUCUUUUACAAAGGACGAGCCCCGAAUGGACAGAAGUCUGACUGGAUCAUGCAUGAGUAUCGCCUGGAGACGAACGAAAAUGGAACCCCCCAGGAGGAAGGAUGGGUCGUUUGUCGAGUUUUCAAGAAGCGAAUGACUGCCGUAAGGAAGAUGGGAGACUACGAUUCUCCGUGUUGGUAUGACGAUCAGGUUUCAUUUAUGCCAGAACUUGAUUCUCCAAGGCAGGUUUCUCAGCCGUAUGCAUCAUCAUAUCGCCAUCCAUAUCCGUGCAAGCAAGAACUCGAGCUUCAAUACAACAUGCCACAUCACGAUGCCUUAUUCCUCCAAAUGCCCCAACUCGAAAGCCCUAAUUCAGUAGUUCCUUAUGUCUAUGAAAGGAACAACAGCACUGGGAGCAAUUUUCAAACUUCAACCCUCACAGAACAGGAGCAUAUGCAACAAAUCCACAAUCAGAGUAUGAGCACAUCACUUUUCGGAAACUCAAACGAGCAGGCACAAGACCAGGUGACCGACUGGCGGGUCCUGGAUAAAUUUGUCGCAUCUCAGUUGAGCCACGAUGAUGCUGGUAAUCCAAAGGACGCCACUUACGCCAAUCCAACAGCAUUUCACAUGGCAAACCAAAUGAAUAGCAUAGAGUCGAAGAAGCAAGGAGUUUCUCAGGAAUUCAUGGCCGUGCCCAACUCCAGUUGCCAAAUCGAGCUAUGGAAGUAAAGGAAAAUGUCAAUAUGAGUUAGAAAAAUCUCAUGCUGAUCUUAGAACGCACAUCGACACGCCAACCAAAAGGAAGGACUUUGGGAUAUUCCAUGUUGCUGUGUACAUAAUAAAACUAAAACUGGUAUUGCUUUAGCUUUUAUUGGACAUGAGCUAGAUAAUAUGACUACAAAUAUGAUGAAGCUUAGUAAAUGUACCUAGGUGACCGACUAUAUCUAUCAUCGAGUGAUAUUGGGAAUGGCUCGUUGAGGUCUGAUUGUACUUUUUUCUCGAACAAAAAUUAUGUAUGGAAGGUUAGAUUGGGGUUUCUUUGCUCCCCCGUCUAGCUUACCUUUUUUCUUUUGUUC